CUUUUCAUCUCAAUCGCAACGCAAAUCGUGAAACUACAGUGAUUGUCAGAAUCCUUUCGUGUAUUAUCAACGGGAAAUUCUGAAACUCUCUGCUUUCUUUUAAUUGUAUAUAAUUUAGGUGGCAGCUCAGUGCUUUUGUAUGCGAUUUCUUGACUCUGUGGUGUCUGUUGAUGAAACUGGUUGUCACAUUGUCUUCUUAUUCUGAUCUCGUAUGAUGUAGUACCGUCUCUCGGUCUGAUCUUGAUAGAACUAUAUUGUCUUCUUGUCUGGAGAAUCAAGAAGAGAACUGGCCUGUCAUAGAACCAAAUGUACAAGCUUUCGUUAAGCCGUCGAUUUGAAAACAUCUCGCAAAACUCAUCAAGGGAAUGGGUUUGUGGACGUUGCUUGAAGGCCUUUUGCUUCUUGCAAAUGCACUGGCAAUAUUGAAUGAGGACCGUUUCCUCACUCCACGAGGGUGGAGCUUUCAAGAAUUUCCAGGAGGCAAGGUCAAGUCACUGAAAGGGCAGGUUCUUGGUCUCAUCAAUGCAACCCAAUACCUAAGGGUUCCGCUUAUCAUCUUAAACGUUAUCAGCAUAGUGGUAAAGCUGGUCUCAGGCUGAUUUUC